GAUAAAUUAACAAUUAAAAUUUAUUUAUUUAUAUGAACACAAAUAUUUGUACAAAGGGGCACCAAAUGCAUAUGUACCACACAAUAACAAUGAGAACGUAAAGAGAUAGAGAGUGUAAAGUGCGUAUAAUAAAAGGAGAACAAUAACAAGCAGAAAAUAGUGUGUGAAAAUGGAACAAUAACAGUAGGAGAGGCAGUGCAGUUAGCGAAAAUAUAACCAAAAAAACUUCCAUUCAAAGAAUUUAGGUUCAUUUUUUUAUGAAGAAAGUAAAAUAAAGUUGCAACAGGGUCGCCACUGGCUUCUAUUCUGAGCCAUAUCUGAUGACGUCUCUAGCCACUGUGUCCUUCCAUCUCUAAGACCCCAACCAGGGGAUCGUGAAAGACCAACAGAAGCCAGACCUUAACAACGGCACUAAGUUAUACACUGACCAACUCUCCGCUUUUCCCAACCAGCCCCAGCGUCGCCAAAUAAUGCACGAUAUGGAAUUCUGCGGGACAACAUUCGUAGUACAUGUCCAAGCCACCGAAGUCGGUGUUUCAAGAUAGUGACAUCAAUUGAAUUACCGUCGCUUUGCCAGAACAGACGAUGCCAAACCUCUGCAUUAUUAACAUGAUGUUGCCACUGGGUGUCAGCAAUCCGUCGGUUACAACGAUGAUCAGACACAGAGGGUCGUCUAACACCGUCAACUCAGAGAGGCUAGUAUUCACAAACAUAGAGCAAAACUGCUCUUACCGACGCGUUGUAGAUGCGACCUUUUACAGCCAGACUAACAUCACGAAGGCGCCAAAGACGGCCCAGAUUAUCACAAGCCUCUCUGGUUUUCACUAUACGUGAAUCAACCUCAUCACUAACGCCAACACCAGCACUUAAAAAGAACUGUAUAUUCAUGUGUCGUGCUCGACUCACAAACUAGUUAGUUUUUCGCAUCCUUAUUUCUUUACCGGGGUUAAACUCGAAACUUUGGUAAAAAUUGUUUGAGAUGCUGGACGGUGUUGAGUCUUAUUGAAGCACUUAUGGCUUCAGCGCAUAUAAAAGCUUUUCUAAACAAAAACUACCAACACAUUACUCGUUAAUUAUUCUGAUUUAGUUGACAGGUUCCUGUACCCAACAUAAAGUGGCGCACGAUUGCUGACAUAGCGUCAGGUUACGAGUUCAUCGAAACGGGGUUUAAAACUGGGACCUAGUGGUUGGAAUGCAAGUAACCUACUAUAUGAGCAACCGUAUUACAGCAUCAUACGCCAAGACUCGUUUGAAGCAGCUGGUUAAGUAAGAGUUCCAAUGGCGAAGACACAUUCGAUUUUGCACUCAGGAUAUCGUAAUUUUUUCAAGUUAUUCACUGGAUUGCUACUAAUGGUUAAGAUGUAUUUGAAUCUCAGUAACUGUGGUUGGUACACAUCUUUCGGAAGAUCGUUUAAUGUCGGAAACCCGCCAUCCAGUCUUACUACGUGUAACACUUCUGAUGGCUUGAUUAACAGAAAUGUCAUUCCGGUCAAUUGUGCCUCCGCCUGACUUUUUAUCAAAAGCCGAGUUCAACAGACCUUGUGGUCGGUCACCAAAUAAAAUCUCUACUCUGCUAACUAAUGUGCAGCGAAGAAAUGUUCAAACACUUGCUCCAACAGAAUCUAAAGACCUAACAUUUUUUCAAAUGGCUGCUCAGGGUGAGCUGUUGUUGCUUCAAAGGGAAAUAGAAAGUCGAAACUUCAAUAUAGAUGUUCCAGAUAACCAGGGAUUUACUCCACUGUUAUGGGCUUGUGCUAAUGGACAGAAAGCUGCAGUGGAGUUACUCGUUUUCUAUGGUGCAAAUAUCAUUCUAUCUGGAGAUAACGGAGAAACAGGACUGCUCCUAGCUGCUAGCCGCGGUCACUUUGAUGUGGUUCUUUACUUGCUCAAGGCUGGAUGCCCAGUAGACCUGUCCGACGAACUGUGCAACACUGCGUUAAUGUUCGCAGCCUAUAACAAUAACGCCGCAAUCGUGUCUCUGUUACUCGAUUGGGGUGCUGAUAUUACUUCUAUAAAUGCAGAUGGGUGGACAGCACUGGAUUUUGCUAUACGACGAGGCUCACGCGCUAGCCAACGUAUAAUUGAGAAGCAUAUUUUGUCUCUGUUGCAAACUCAUUAGUUUUUCAAACCAAAGCGAUCGGAAAGUUUUUUCCAUGUUGGGAUGUAUUUAUGUCGUUUUGUAUUUGUCAUUAUUUAAGCUCGAUAAUUUUCGGACAUUUUCACAUGCAUUGUAAAAUUGUCUCAACGUAUAUGUAUAGAUAAUCGUAAAUUAAUAACUUUUGUUAACCCACGUAGUACUGACUUAUCUGAUGUUUUCUUAACUGUGAUGAACAUGUCAGAUCACCGAAAUGUUUCGUACCGUGUAAUCAUUUGGGAGAAAAC